GGGUCACCCCCAAAACAAAAACAUCGUGCGUGUGAAAGCGGAUGACUUUGUAACAACAAAAUCUUCAAAAUAUUCAUUAAUAGUUCUUCCACUAUUCACACAAACGGAUACGGACAAUGACUUCGUCACUCCCAGGCGUGAAUUUGAGUAAUUUAGCUUCAAGCAGUGUGCCCAGUUUGCAGGAAUUUGUCCUGCAAGGCAGCGUGGUUGACUCGGCUUGUGACGCCUUGCUGCACCGGUUGAGAGCCCUGUGCGAUAACGUGGACCGCGCGCCUGAGACGUUUCAAGAUCAUGAGAUGGUGUAUCUGCUCAGAACAAGUGGGCCAGGAAAUCCAGUGGUGCUACGUGCAAGGCAUGCACGAGAUCAACACAACAUGCCAUGGAAUUACUCCUACUUCUGUUUUGAUUUGAAUGCGCCCUCUUUCUUCAGGCAGCUACGCUACCUUGGCCAAUCAGAUAUCAGUGAUAAGAGUAGACUUGUAACAGUCCGCAGUUAUCUGGAUUGUUCCACCUCGGAACAGCUGCCUCAAUUCCUGACAGAUAUUGGAUUCAGGUUGGACCAUGAGUUUGUUGCCAAAGGUCACAUGUUCAGGAAAGGCAAAAUGAAAGUGACUAUCACCAAAAUUUUCAAGAUCUUAACGCCAGGCAAUUUGGAGGCUCUAGAACCCCUCUCCAUAUCUCAGCUUGUCGAGCUCAGUAUAAUAGCGCCCUCAGGGACAGACGGAAUCGGUGAAGACAUGAGAGCCUUUGCAGAACAGCUCAGACCACUUGUGAGCAUGGAAAAGAUUUGAUUUCCUCCUGAGUUGCCGCCUACCUGAAGGUCAAAGGUUAAACUACUCCAGUCAGAGUUCCCUGAAGACAGACAAGUUCCCUUCACACUGCUGGAACCAGUUGAUGGUUUUCAAGCUUGGGGUGAUUGUGAUUUGACAAAAUGGACGUUGGACCAUAUUACAUCUUCUACUUUCUGCUUAUGUCGUGAGGAAAGUCGGGAAACAAAGACCUAUAGACUCUGUGCGCAAGUACCCCCUCAAUGGCCAAAAGGAGAGGGUUGGGAGAGACCACUUGAACAGACAUUGAUAACACAUUACCGUCGGUGCAGCACCUGCAGCUCACACGGAGACACAGCUGCAUUAUGCACACUCGGAAUUAUAUUAGACGUAUGUGCUUUGCAGCAUAGGCACGCGAACCGGUGCACGCAAGCAGUUUGCUUCCACCGGAGCUUUAGAAAAUGAUUAAGAAGUGCCCUCUGCUGUUCGUCCAUUGCCCUGCUCCCUGCAGUAUAUUGAUGAGACUGCCCCUUUAAGGGUUCUUAUUUUGUACACAGCUGCUAAGAGUAACGGUUAGCAGAUUUAUUUGCAAAAAUGAAGCAUUGUGGAUUUGGCUAUAAGCCCCGCCCACAAGCCCCGCCCACAAGCCCCGCCCACAAGCCCCGCCCAUAAGCCCCGCCCACGAGCACCACCCACAAGCCCAGCCUACAAGCCCCGGCCACAAGCCCUGCGCAUGCCCACCUUCAGUUUUUGUACAUUUCUAUGAGUGCUGUUGAUCAGAGAUUCGGCAAGCUAUAGUUUUCACCUGACCAAUUGGUCAGUGUGCAUUGUUUGAUGGAAGGAUUCAUUUUCUAGAUGCCAGUUUCUUUUUAAAGGAGAGCACAUAGACUGGAUACCUGUCCUGGUAUGUAUGAGGAUGGGCAACACCCUCGAAAUUCAUAAAAUUGUAUUGGUUAUGCUUCUUGAAAAUCCUGGCUUUCCUGUACUCUGGUUGUGUACUGUGCACGAUUUGAGACAGUGGACCCCCCCGACCCCCCCCCGACCCC